UUCCUCACUUUUCUACCCAACCAUUCACCUCAAUAGCACUCCACGUGAAGAAUAUGCGCGCAACCCUCUCUGGUGUCAUCAGCCUCGCGCUCGUCCUCGCUUCUGCUGCAGCUUCUCCUUCCACGAUUGCAAGACGUAGCUCAGCCUGCGAUGGACUAGGCUCCAACGCAUUCGACGAUACAACAAGGAACUUCCUCCUCGGAGUCUCCGACGGAACUACUGUGAAUUCCCAAAGCCUCGUAGUGGCUGACCCAAGGUCGGGUGCUCCGAUCAAGGUUCUUGGUACCCUUGCCACUCAUCAAAAUGUCCCAUUUGCGACCAGUUUUGGCCUUCAGAAUGGCGCCUUGACCCCGUUGUUCAAUGCUGCCGGGCCAGUGGCCCAGCCUGUAGCAGCCGGAUCCUUCGUAUCUUUUGCGCAGGGUUCCACCACACCUGCUUCUGUGUAUUGCGCCGUGCCUCAGGAUGGGACCAACAUAACCCUCCUUGCCGUCAACGGAGAUACGGACUCGUUCGCAUUGUGCGCCGAGAAGGAAGCCAACCCUGCGUUCAAUGUGUUCAGCUUGGUGUACAAGCCUGACGCCGGUAGUUCUGAGUAUCUCUUCGAUACUUGCCGAUCCGGCAAGGUGCGAGUCAUAUUCUAGUAGGCAGUAGUGAGCUGCGAGUAUUAGAGAGGAGCUGCUACAUUUCAACGGACUUGGCUUACUUACAAAUACCAUUGGACCUUUGCAUCGUUGGUUAUUUUGGACUUUGUCAUGCUUGGCACAAUUUAGUGUUUUGAACAGACUCGUAAUUAAGAUGGUGAAUCCCUGUGAAUUCAUC